AUGGCCACUGACGAGGUUAUGGAGGAUGUGCCGGGCACUAAGAGGCCAGCACUGGAUAUUGAGUCCUUGAAGCGCAAGAAAUUCAAGGCCGAUGAUCUGCCUCUGUCUGCCGCGCAACAUGCAGCUAUCGACAAACUUCUUCAUUCGUUCAGGAAGAAGGGCGGAUUCGACAACAUGAGAAAGCAGAUUUGGGCUGAAUUCAAUGAUGGCGAGUUCAAGACCAAUUUUACUGAUCAAUUAAUCGCCUUGGCCGAGUCCGAAAUUGAGCGCGAGCCAGCACAUCUGUCUCGUGAAAGGGGGAAAGCUGCGACGCUUAUUGAAGGAGCUGUUGACCGUGGCGACGUCUACAAGAACGUGGAGAAAUCCCUUGACCAACUAGCCUCGAAACAUCUCGAAUCGAUUCUAUGUGAUAUCCGCGCCAUCCGUCGCCAAGAAAUCGGUGAAGAAGCAGCCGCCAAGGAGGAAGAAGCCGGUAGUAAAACAGACGAGGCCUACGAGACAGAGGUGAACGCCAAACGGGAAGAGCGCGACAAGGUCUACCGCGAAGAAAUGCGCAAACAAAAAGAAAUCGAGGAGGAGCAAGAUCGCACCAGGGCGGAAGAGAAACGAAAGAAGCGAGAACUCGAGCGACAAAAAGAAGACGAAGACAGGGCUCGAAGAAAGGAGAUCGAUGACCAACGGCGCGCUGAACGGGAGCGCUUGCGCGAGGAGCAACGUGCACUCGAUGAUCAACGGGAGCGAGAGCGUCAGGAGAGAUAUGAGCGACGGCGGCGAGAGGAUCGUGACAGAUACCGAGAUUAUGAUCGCGAUCGCAGUCGAACCAGAGACAGAGAUCAUUAUCGUGAUCGCUCACCAGCAUAUCGCUCUGACCGUGGUCUUUCUCCUCGCAGCCGCGAUCCGAAACGCGAAAAAUUUUCUACAUCAAAGGAUCCGACUCCUGCACCACCAGUAGAUGAGAAAUCAUUAGAGGAGGCUGCCUUGCAAAUGCUUUUGAAAGAAGGUGAAGAACUCGCUGCAAAGGCUCGACAGAAGCGCGAGUUCGACUUCGAAGAGGCCGAGGCUAUUGAAAAUGGCCUGAAACCAGCAACCUCUACCCAGACUAGGAGUGCCAACGAUCCAAAGCUACCUAACAUUUCAAACAGAGGUGCCAGUCUCUCCCGAGAUUCCAGGAGGCGCGAUUCAAUUGCGGAUCGUGAUCGAACCCGCCAAACCAGAGAACGCAGUCGAAGCCGUAGCAGGUCUCGUCGUCGACAGGCGUCUCGAUAUGACCCGAACCGGCGCCGUGAUCGCUCUCGUGAUACUUCUAUGAAAGAAGUUACCGACCUGCACGUCGCAGCCGUAGCCGAUCUACUGGAAGAGGGGAUAGAGAGGGCGAUAGGAUCCGAGAUCGUCCACGCUCUCGGUCGCGAGACCGAGACUUCGACAGGCGCCGCCCUGAUCGCAGCCGCGACAGAAGUCGAGACCGCGGCGAUGCAUAUCGCCCUCGCCGCAUAUCUCUCUCUCGUCGUCGCUCGCGCUCGCAAUCCCGCUCCCGUCCGCGUGUUCGGGACCGCCCGCGCUCACGCUCAAAGUCAGCUGUUCCUAGACAACGCUCGCGUUCUCGAUCUACUGUACGGAGAAGAUCACGAUCUAGGCGGCGUUCCCGCGAGAGACGACCAUCGCGGGAAAGACGCCGGUCUCCUGGCGCUGGCACUGGCGACAUUGAUCGCUACAUUCCACCAAACAGCAACCGCAGCACUUCACCUCGACGCCGAAAGCGAUCUACAGAGCGUGAUGCUCGACCUGGCCGGGCUGUGGACGAUACCCCUAGUGAAAUCUACACAGAUCCAGAUCUCAAUCCCGAUCCGGCUUAACGUGAAGGUCCUUAUCGUUAUCGGAUCGGGCUCCACCCAAAAAGUUGAAAUCGCCAGCUCGCGACUCGACUUUUUUUCAUAA